AUGCCAACGGGAAACUUAGAAGAUAAUCUACACCGCUUUAAACAAAAGGCCAAAGGGUUCACUAUUGGAGGCCAGGAAGUGAGAGAUCCGAAGUCAGGUCCUCCUCCAUCUCAUAAACUCGUCAUUAACAACAAGCAUUUUCUCCAGUCAGGGAAGACCACCAAGAUCCAGCCAAUCAUUAAAUGUGAUGAAAAGCGUUACACUGAAAACUACUGUCCGAUUUCGCUUUUAUCAGCCUUUAUUGAAAUUCUAGAAAAAAAGGAUAUAGUUCACAGAUUACAAAUCUUCCACGAAGAUAUAAACCAAUCUGAAAAGGCAGCGUUAGCUCUCAGUCAGUGCCACUUUGUUCAGUCCUUCGUUGCCUCCCGUGCCAGGAUGGCGGCGCUCUUCCAGGUCCUAGCAAUGGCUCUCCUCUUCGCCUAUGCUUUUUCCCAGCUUUAUCGAGAACCAGAGCUCUGGCAAGACGAUUAUGUCAGCGAGAUCAGUGACCAGAGCGACACCGACGUUCCCGACGAUCCAGACUUUCUGGCUUUGCUGGCAGCUGAAGACGAGGAAGACGAAGACGACAGUGAGGAUGAGGACGACGACCCCCUGGAGCAUUUUGUCGACGUCUUGAGGAAACUAAAGCAGGAGGAGGGGAUUGACGAAGACGUGAUCCCGCUCCUGCUUUCGGAACCCGAAGGCGAGGACGAGGACAAGGAACAUGCAAGUGAAGCAGAAAGCGGAGAGGAACAAGUCGCACGCGAGCUAAGGAGGGAGAAGAGGUCCCCUGCGAGAGGAAGCUCCAGUAGAUCGUCUUCGUCUCGAUCGAGCAGUUCGUCGUCGUCCUUCAGCAGAAGUAGAAGUAGCAUCAGUAGCAUAAGAAGCAGCUUUUCUGGUAGAAGCAGAAGUAGAAGUACCAUCAGUAGCAUAGGAAGCAGCAGCAGACCUAGUACAAGCAGCACCGGAGGAGUUUCAAAUGGAUGGAACACUGGCACUUCGGGAACAAAUCCAACUAGAACAAAUCCCGUUUCUGGAGGCACUCGACCGUUCAGGUAUCCAGGCAGCACAGGCUUUUCCACUGGGUAUGGGUACAGAGGAUAUCCUGCAGCAGGCUUCGGCCACGGGCGCGGCGGCGGUUUCCACGGGAUGGGCGGGCUCGCCGUCGGCAAGACCGCCAAGACGCUCCUGGGCGCCUACAUGAAGAUGAAGAUCGCCAAGUACGCCCUCAAGUUCGGAGCCGAGGCCGCCAAGGCUUACUUCCAGUACAAGCUAAGAGAAGAGAUGAGAGAGGAAGACCGCGAUAAAGAAGAAUUGGAGGAAGAGGACGAGUCGCGCCAUGUGCCCCCCGCCCUCCGCUUUGUCGCGCGGGGCCGCGCCAAUCUCGCCGCUCUCCCCCCGCCACCGAAGGGCGAGCCUCUCCCCGGGUCGCGCAGGAGGGAAGGAGCUUGUUAUGAGUGGCUGAGUGGAUCUCUCUGA